GCCACUCCGUGUUUAUCACCUGGAUCAUGUAAUAGUCCGCGCAGUGACCCUCCAGCUCUUGUUCUGGAGUCUUCAUCAGCGUCCACCUACUCUCCUCCCAGCCUCUCAGCCGCCAGCAUGGCUUUUUCUCUAGGAUGGCUGUCAGCUCUGGCCGCGGGUAUUUUUUCCGUUCACGUUUUGCAGAAACUUUGCUUCCCGUACUUUUGGAGGGACCUCCUCUUUCUGAUGAAGAUAAUCAGGUACGGCGUGAAGCUGGAGCUGUUCAAGUUUGCAUCCGGCGUGACCACGGUCCUGGACAGGUUCAUCCAGAAUGCGCGGCGCAUCCCCAACAAACCGUUUGUCAUUUAUGAGGGACGCGUCCACACCUACCGGGACAUCGAGGAGCGCAGCAACAGACUGGCCCACGUUUUCCUCGAGAAAGUCAACUUGAGGAAAGGAGACUGCGUUGCCAUGCUCAUGAGCAACGAGCCCGAUUUCCUGUGCGUUUGGUUCGGCUUGGCCAAGGUCGGCUGCUCGGUGGCUUUCCUCAACACUAACAUCAAGUCCAAGUCUCUGCGGCACUGCUUUGACUGCUGCGGAGCCAAAACUCUGAUUGUCGGUUCAGAUUUAGUGGAAUGUCUGAAUGGCAUCUUAACCAGCCUCCUGGAUGACAACAUUAAGGUGUGGGCCAUGAAAAGCCAGAGUGAACAUACACAGGUCCACACUCUGUUGGACAAGCUGGAUGCUGCAUCUGACCAGCCUGUACCUGCGGCGCUGCGAGCGACCACCUCCCUCAAAGCCCCCACCCUCUACAUCUUCACCUCUGGAACUACUGGGCUCCCUAAGGCUGCAGUGAUCACUCACCUCCAGAGCUUGAAGGCAGCAGCUGGUUUCUGGGCGUUUGGGGGGACUGAAGAUGAUGUGAUUUACACUCCUCUGCCGCUCUACCACAGCGCAGCUUCCUUGAUAGGUAUAGGAGGAACCAUACACCUCGGUGCAACUUGCAUUUUGAAAAAGAAGUUCUCAGCCUCCCAGUUCUGGAAUGACUGCAGAAAACAUAACGUGACAAUUUUCCAGUACAUUGGUGAACUCUGCAGAUACCUCUGUAACCAGCCUAAGACAGAGCUGGAUAAAGUUCACAAAGUUAGGAUGGGAGUUGGGAACGGGCUGAGACAGGACGUCUGGCGGGAGUUCCAGAGUCGUUUUGGGAACAUCAAAAUGUGUGAAGUGUACGGCUCCACUGAGGGAAACCUGUGUUUCAUGAACCACAUCGGCAAGAUUGGAACCGUCGGCCGCUCCAACUUCUUCUACAGGCUCCUCUUCAAGUAUGAUCUGGUGAAGUAUGACAUGAUGAAGGAUGAGCCAGUGAAAGAUCAGUAUGGGUUCUGUCAGCGAGUGGAAAGGGGUGAGACGGGACUUUUGCUGUCUAAAGUGAGCGCCCUCAGUCCGUUCUUCGGUUACGCUGGAAGCAAAACCCUGACUGAGAAGAAGCUGAUGAGAAAUGUGUUCGCGAAGGGUGACGCAUACUUUAAUACGGGUGAUCUCAUGGCUGAAGACCACGAGGGCUUCAUCUGCUUCAGAGACAGAGUGGGGGACACCUUCAGGUGGAAGGGUGAAAAUGUUGCUACAACAGAGGUGACAGAAACCCUGGGUCUUGUAGAUUUUAUUCAAGAAGUCAAUGUGUACGGAGUUGAAAUACCAGGGCAUGAAGGCCGAGCAGGAAUGGCCGCCAUGAUUGUUAGACCGGGGCUUAUGUUUGAUGGGAAGAAACUGUUUGAGCACGUAAUGACGGACCUCCCAGCGUACGCCCGCCCACUCUUCAUAAGGCUUCAGGAGGUCAUGGAGAUGACAAGCACCUUUAAGCAGCAGAAGUUCCAGCUGGUGCAAAGCGGCUUCAACCCCUCCACAAUCUCCGAUCCACUCUACGUGUUGGACUACGAGCAGAAGAGCUACGUUCCUCUAACAGAGCCUAUCUACCAGAGCAUCAUCACUAGAGAACGGAAGCUCUAGAACUCACAAGUACGAGUGUGAUGAUGAAGCUUGGAGGUCACAGGAACAGUGGAAGGCAGUAUUUUAAACUGAGUGAGAACCAGCCUGCGGUUAUGUUGAAGGGUUUGCUGAGGUCUGAGUGAAGAGCCAUCACUCAGUGCGGAAGAGGAUCCUGAUCAGCAGUUAUGUCUUCUGAUGAGUUAUUUUUGUUAAACAAAAUGUCUGAUAAAUAAUAUAUACUUGAAUGUAUCGUUUUGAAACAGCCUACUGAAGUAGCCUUAAGUAAUCCUCAAUGCACCCCGUACAACACCUUUAGCUACAAACACGUUUCUUACGGUAUCUACAAAGUUUUCAAAUUUAUCCAUGCAUUUAAACAAAAAAAAAAAUCGAACACAUAAUAGGUCUUUAAUGCAAAAUUUGGGAUUUUAAAUUAUGUUAGGAGACAGCAAUUUUAAGUUUGAAUGAUAUACAAUUGUCUUAAUGCACAGAAGAGGCUUAACAGGGGUUGGAUUGUUUACAUUAAGGUGCAAAUUCACCACAAUUCUGGUGUUAAUUGAUGAUGAAGUGAUUAACUGUACUUUAUUAAUUUAAUGGGUUGUUUGCACAGUUUACAGGUCUUUGGAGUGGUUACCGUAAAACUGACUGAAAGACAAAAAAAGUUGUUUAAUUGCACAUUAAAAUAGCUUCACUUUGUCACAAACAAUAGAGAAAUGAAUGGUCUAUAAUAUAUAAUGUGGAUUGUCUCUGUUGUUGUGCUUUUUAGGGCUGUUUAAAUGGUGGAACAGAUUUUGCCAUAGUCACCCCACUGUUGCUCUGUAAUUGGAAAAAGACCAAACAUACUUGUUGUUAUUUGUCCAUUAAUAGGUUAAUUAAAAUCCAAUUUAUGUGAAGUGCCUUAAUUAUGCCAGUGCUAAUGCUUUUCAGUUUUCCCAAAUGGAUGAUCAAAUUUAGAUUUUGCCUCUCAGAUGUAGCAGAUAGCAGAUAAAGUGAAGAAAUAUAACCAUGUGGAAAAUUUUGCCAGGGAACGCCUAAAAGUGCCCAGAUAAUAGGCCAUAACAGUUUUGGGGAUGAUUCCAUGAUUCAUUCUUUUAUUUUAUUCGUAUUUUUACAUUUUAAAAGACUGCAGUAGUUGUUAGUACUCCUAAACUAGGGGGAACUUUCCCAAGUCAAAUUAGUGCAUUUUCUGUGGAGUGAAGUUGAUUUGUGUCACGGGUCUUGCCGGUUCCUUCCCAGAUGCAGGCUCAGGGAAGAUCUGGGAUUUAAAUGGUCAGCUAUAAAAGGCUCUUUUAUUCCAACCAAUGCAAUGUUAUACUCAUGUGUGCUUACUUCUGUGUAAUAUCCUGGUUAAAUGACGACAUCUGAGAUGAGAUCGUAUUAGAAAUCUAGAGUUCUGAGCUGUGUGUUUUCUGUUGGUUUUGUGGUGUAAACAUUUGAAAAGGAUAGUAUUCAGAUACAUGGAGAUGCAUAUAAAAGGUAAUGUAAACAAGUUAAAAAUGAUUGGUUUAUUCAAAACGUGUCUUGGUAUAGUGGGAUUAGCCAUCUGUUCUGUCAGCCAUAAUUGAUCAUUUAACAAAAAACCUUGUUCAAGGAACACCAGCAGCCAGACUGCUCAGUCAGCCACCAUACUAACAUACCCAGACCAGAGUGAUCAAUUUGAACUUUAUCUAUUCACACAAACACAUUUGCACAUUGUUUUGCAGACUUAAGACUUUGACUAUUGUAGCCAGUAAGGCUUCUGUCUCAUGAGUCUUUCAUGUAGAAAUGUUCUCUUAUGUGUCCGGGUCUUGGAAUUUGAAAAAUGCUGAUACUUAUUUGAUUGGCUCCUCCAAGUUUGCUGGUGAUUGGAGGGUAACACACAUUGAAGAUGGUCUCUGUUUUGGAGGUUCUCAAUUUUAGUCCAUACUCAGAGUUAAUAAUAAUUCAACGCAUGGAAUUUCUUGAUGUGAGAAAGGUUUCGAGCUUGUUCCAAAACAUGUAUCGCCUCCACAAGUCACGACGCAAACAGACAACAAACAGCUGUUUGUUGUUCUGAUACAUCAGUUAAUAGAGAUCCACUAGAGACAGCAGCUAUUAUGAUAUUAAAUACAAAUAUUGAAUAAUAUACACCAAACUAUGUCGCAAAACUGAGAUUGGAUCUGGAGUGUUGACUAAGGACUCUUUACGUACCUGUUGUUAAAAUGUGGAGAAACAUUUUAAUGCCAUUUUAAUGCCAGUCCCUUAAAGCUGAAAUGGGAUUGCCCAGGUCAGAUGUUAAUGCAAAGUCUGAACGAGGCCUCAAAGCCUUUAAGUGGAUACUGUAUGAGCAGCGGAAGGGACAGCCAGUCACAGGGGUGAGUAGAGGGUGACAGUGGGUUCAGGCAACCUGAAGCAGAAUGAUACAAUCUGACCUUUGUGCGGAUCUCUAGAAUAAGACUGAAGCAGAAUGGCAGCUUUGUUCCGUUUGGGCCUGCACCUUAUCAUGGAGACAUUCUGAGAGCAUCCACUUUCUGUUUUCAAGUGCUGCGAAGCAGACAGACAGAUAACCUAUUCAUGUUACUAAGGAGCUACUUUACUGUGUGCAACAUUACACCGAAUACAAGUGAUGGCUACGAAAGUGAAAAAGUAAAUGUCUCCCACCAUGGACCAUGGGAUAAAUUAAAGUGCUAGCCGAUCUUACUAUAUGUCUUGUACACUGCCCAGUUGUUCACAGACCUUCUCUGGUAUGCCUCAUUUACACAUCUAAGUAACUCCCUAUAAAAAGCAGGGUCUCUUUUGAACUCUUCUACAUUUCUCUCGCUACAUUCUCUCUAUUUAGGGAAACUAAAGUCAGGGUUUGUUGAUCAGUUAUUCAUAUUCUUUUAAGACACACAUCUGAAUGAAAGUCCCUUGAAAUGACAGAGCAAACCUCCAGCAAUCCUGUCACAGGUUUGCAGUCCAUAGCUUUUUUUUUUUUUUUUAGGUUCAUAGCUUUCUUUCAUUUGCUUCUUUGUAAACACUGUGUUGCCAUAUAGCCAGCUUUUGAGCUGAUGAGUUUCAGAGGUUUCGUCAUGCGUAGCUGCAUCAGAACAUGCUGCAAAAAGCCCUGCUCCACACCAUCUCUAGUUGUUGGGGGUAUUAAGUCAAUUAUUUAAAUGCAUCUAAUACUCAGCCCAGAGAGAACCUAAUACAGCGUAAGGCUGGGUGGCUUAACUAGAACUGCAUAUUUGUAUAAUGUCAGAAUGUGGAUGAUGAACCUGAAUCUGAGUUGAGACAUUGGCGCCAUGUAAUAUAAGACUGAAGUUGGUUAGAAAGUGCAUUAGAUAAAGACAUUGGGAGCAGACUCUCCAAGCACAGAUGGAAAGUAAAAGAAAUCUCAUUCUUUCUUGAUGUGACCAACUCAUUGUGUCACAGCUUCACACUAUAACUGAUGCUUGAUCAAACUGUAGCAAUCACGACAACCAUUGAAUUCAUAUGGGGGAACCAGUACGUCUGGCCCCUUUACUUUUCUAGCAGAAGGAAAACACUGUGACUGUGACGCAGCGCUUCAGGAAACACUGAGCUCCAGCGUCACACAACCUGUCCACGUUCUCUCAACCAGGUCUGUCAGCUCCCUCCCCGUGAUCACUGUCAUACCUAAGGCAUGACCGAGUUGAGCCAGAAACUCAAACCACUCUGGUGUUUGCUGUAACUUUAGUGACUCAGGUUCUCUCCGUUUCUCAUAUUCUAUCAUCUCAUCACACGUGCUUUACAGUGGUAAGAAAAAUCUGAAUUUUUUUUCUGUCUUCUUGGUCUCUUAAAUUCCACACACAGUUUUUGUGCAGAGACAGAGACAGCAACAGAUAGGAACAUGACAGAUUUAUGUGGAUGCUAAAAAGUGUGUUCAGUGUCUUUUCCUAAUGCUGUAAUCUUCAAAAUGUCAGAGUUUCCAUUAAACAUUGUCAAGUAUGUUGUCGUUUCCACUGUUGUUGACAUUGUACUUUUUUUUUUACAACAUUUGCAUUUAUUUGGUAGCCACACAGUGUGACUCUUUGUAUGAUGUGGUUUGAUGCACAUGCUUUGUUUUGUGCUCCACUCUCCUGUAACGCAGUCUCCUGUGAUUCUCUUGUAUUUUUAUUCAGUCGCCAACACAGGUUCAGUGUGAACAAAACUGCUAGAGGAAAUAAAUACUUCUCCAUUA